CAAGACUGAUAAAAGGUCCUCGUCUCGCCCUCACUUUCUACUAUGCUCCUCUUCCUUCCUCACGAGCUUCCUCGCCAACAACUCUCCCGACAAGCUUCCUCUCGUCCUCCCCUUUCCCACACAAUCAGCUCGAAUCAUCGCCAAGCUCCCGAGGCGAACAACAUCAGCAACAACCUCCACAAUGGAGAAAGAAACCGGCGUUACGCGCGAGCCCGUCCAGGGCCUCGCCGUCACCGACAAUGUCGACCAGAUCGAGGCUCCCGUCACAUGGAAGGCCUACUUGGUCUGCGCCUUUGCCUCCUUCGGAGGUAUCUUCUUCGGAUACGACUCCGGGUACAUCAACGGUGUCCUGGGUUCCGUCAACUUCAUCGAGGCCGUCGAGGGCAAGGGUGCUACCGCCAUUGGCGAAUCUGACACCUCCCUUAUCGUCUCUAUUCUCUCCUGCGGUACUUUCUUCGGUGCUCUCAUUGCUGGUGACGUAGCCGACUGGAUGGGACGCAAGUGGACUGUUAUUCUCGGCUGCUUCAUCUACAUGAUCGGUGUCGUAAUCCAGAUGAUCACUGGUGUCGGCUCUUCCCCUCUUGCUCCCAUCGUCACUGGCCGUCUCAUUGCUGGUAUCGGUGUGGGUUUUGAGUCCGCUGUUGUCAUUCUGUACAUGUCUGAGAUUGUGAGUAUACCUGCUUCCUUGCGGAUACCCAGCGCAAUACACUAACGCCACAUCAAUAGUCUCCCAAGAAGGUUCGUGGUGCUCUCGUCGCCGGUUACCAAUUCUGCAUCACCAUCGGUCUUCUGCUCGCUGCUUGCGU